AUGUUGUAGAGAUCACGCAACCGCGUGUGGUAGGUGCAGCGUCACCAUCCUCUCUCGGGCCACUGCUCCUUAGCUAAUCCAUUUGCCGGCAGCCGCUUCCUCGGCGUCUCUUCCUCCCAUAUAAGCAAAUCUCACGUCCACAAUCCUCGCAUGCAAUAUCGGAGCGACAAGAGAAGCUUCGCCGAUGGAGUAGACAUGUUCAAACCGGAGCCCUCCCUCUUAGCACAAACAUGCGCCGUGGAAAGCAGCGCGUAGGCGAGUGACGGUGAUGCUUUAAGAGUUGAGAUCGCGUAGAUGCUGCCAGCUAGCUAAAUGGCCCAAUUGAGGAGGAGGUCAGUGCCACCUUGACUUUUCUUGUGCUACGUUCCUUUACCAAUCUCUGUGUAUCAGAUACGACAGCCUAAUACGACAUCCGCUCAGCCGAGAACAGCUACCGUCCUUCCCCUAAAGAAAAAUGUCACCUUCUCCUCGAUGAACGUUACCACACUAAAGACCUUUACAAUGAACAUUGUAAUGAUUGGAUUAAGAUCGGAUACCGCCCUCCUGUGUCUUGAAGGCUUGUUCUACACCCACUCUUAUUGUGGUCUGAGGGCAUUGACUCGGCUCUGUUCGACAGAAUCCAAUCUGAUCGAUCGAAGGAAAGGAGCGAGCUUUGCUGCGGAUCUACUGAUGCUUUUGAGCCCCAAAGGUGCCAUCUUUUUCCUCUUGUUUUCCGGUUAAAUCCCCCUCUCGUCGUUCGAUUCCGUUUGGUCGAACGCCUCUUUUGGAGUUCCGGUCAAUUGCUGCGGAUCUACUGAUGCUUUUGAGCCCCAAAGGAAUUGGUCGGAUUGUGGCUUCUCUUCUCUGUUGUUGCUUUUUGUUUGCGGGUGGAAGAUUAGGGUUCCCCGCUUCACCUGUCCGCCUCAUCUUCUUUCUCGGAGAUCGUAGCCCGAGAUCGAACCUUUUUACCUUCAUCGCCUGAGUCACGGUGCGCUUUGACGUUUGAUUCCGAGAACGAAUGUGUUCGCGGUUGAAGUCGGAUCAGUUGGGGUUGAUCAGGGCGUCGUGGUUCCAAGAUUAGAUUUUGCUGUUCCUUGUGUUGUCGCUGGUCAAUCGGUUCUCCUUGUCGGAGAAGUUGUGUAUCUCGUCAUCUUCCUCUGGUGUUCUCGAGGAAUAUUACCAACAAACCACCCCAUCUUGGUUACCUUUGCUUCGUUAUGGCCAUUAGGGAAAUCGAAGCGAGACUCAUCGUCUUCAUGAUGGUUGCGAUUCGAUGCGUCCACUGUGUAUUUACCCCUGCAGACAAUUACCUGAUCGACUGUGGGUCUCUGACCAAUACAACCAUCGGCACUAGAGUUUUCGUGGCCGACGUCUCACUUUCCUCGACCUUGACACCCCCCUCAAACAACUUAGCCAAUACUUCACAGAACUCGGUCCCUACUUCCUACGGCACGGCGCUCUUCCGGAACGCCCGGGUCUUCAGGGAACGCUCCUCCUACUCUUUCCAAAUCAAGGCGCACGGCAGGCACUUCGUUCGCCUGUACUUCUUCCCCUUCGUGUCCGGAGGCUACAACCUCAGUGCAGCAACCUUCGGCGUGUCGAUCCAAGAUGUUGUCCUUCUCAACAAAUUCCAGCCUCGGGCGAAUGCAACGGUCGUCAAGGAAUUCUCAUUGAACAUAACCAGCGACACUCUUAUCCUUACAUUUGCACCAUCGGCAAACACUUCCCUUGCCUUUGUGAAUGCCAUUGAAGUUGUUUCGGUUCCUGAUAAUCUAAUCAAUGAUACUGCAAAGAUCGUUGAUCCUCAAGGCAAGUACCAUGGUUUAUCAGGCCAGGCAUUGGAGACGAUUUACCGGAUCAACAUGGGGGGGCCUCAGGUCCUUCCAGGCGACGAUACGCUGUGGAGAACCUGGGAAAAUGAUCAGAAAUUUCUGCUCACUCCUGGUCUAUCCCAGUCAUCUAAUUUCACCGGAAAAAUCAAUUAUAUGGAUGGAGCUACCGAGGAGAUUGCCCCUCAAGUCGUGUAUGCCACGGUUGUAGAGUUGUCUAAAGAUGCCCAAAACACUAUCGGUGCCAAUGUUAACCUGACAUGGCAGUUCAGUGUGGAUGCUAACUCGGUCUACUUGACAAGGUUUCAUUUUUGUGACAUAGUCAGUAAAUCGGCUAUUGAUUUGUUGUUUAAUGUUUAUAUCAAUGCAUGGCUUGCUUCUGAAGUUGAUCUCGGUCAAAUCACAUUUAACAGUUUGGCUACAGCUGUUUUUAUGGAUUUUGUUCUAAAGGCUGAUGAUGCCUCUGGUAAGCUUAGUGUUAGUAUCAAUCCUUCACCCAUAAUCAAUGGUUUACCAAAUGCCAUUCUCAAUGGCCUUGAGAUAAUGAAGAUAAAUGGCUCUGCUGGUCUGGCAGUUGCUGUCAUACCACCUGGUUCAAAUAAAAAUUUUGGCUUCAUACUGGGCUCAAUCCUUGGAGCAGUUGCGGUGGCUGUCGUUGCUAUUAUUCUUUGCGUGGUUCUUAGGAAAAGGAAGCUCGCAAAACAGAGUUCCAAAACUUGGGUGCCUUUCUCCAUCGAUGGCUUGACUUCUCACAGCACGGUAAGUCAGACUUCCAAUGAAACUGCUUUUAAAAUUGGGCAGAAUGGAGACCUUGGUUAUCGUUUCUCUUUCAUGGUGCUGCAAGAAGCAACAAACAACUUUGAUGAGAAUUGGGUGAUUGGGGUUGGAGGUUUCGGGAAGGUCUACAAGGGAGUGCUAAGAGAUGAAACAAAAGUGGCAGUGAAGAGGGGUAAUCCAAAAUCUCAACAAGGUCUCAAUGAGUUCCGCACCGAAAUUGAACUUCUGUCACGCCUGCGCCACCGCCACCUGGUUUCUCUUAUCGGGUACUGUGAUGAGAAGAAUGAGAUGAUUCUUGUUUACGAGUACAUGGAAAAGGGCACUCUUAAGAGCCAUCUAUAUGGUUCAGAUCUUCCUCCUCUUGUUUGGAAGCAGAGAUUGGAAAUUUGUAUUGGAUCAGCCAGAGGAUUGCACUACCUUCAUACCGGUCAAGCCAAGGCUAUCAUCCACCGUGAUGUUAAAUCUGCAAAUAUUCUACUUGAUGAGAAUCUCUUGGCAAAGGUUGCUGAUUUUGGGCUCUCGAAGACUGGGCCUGAGUUGGAUCAGACCCAUGUCAGCACCGCCGUAAAGGGGAGUUUCGGAUAUCUUGAUCCUGAGUACUUCCGGAGGCAACGGUUGACAGAGAAAUCUGAUGUGUAUUCAUUUGGAGUGGUUUUGCUUGAAGUGCUUUGUGCGAGGCCGGUCAUUGAUCCCACCCUACCAAGAGAGAUGGUGAAUUUAGCAGAGUGGGGAAUGAAGUGGCAAAAGAGGGGUGAGUUGGAGCAGAUUGUUGAUACUCGGAUUGCAGGAUCCGUUAGGCCUGAAUCUCUAAGGAAAUUUGGGGAGACGAUCGAGAAAUGCCUGGCAGACUCGGGUGUGGAGCGCCCCUCGAUGGGAGAUGUUCUUUGGAACUUGGAGUAUGUGCUACAUCUACAAGACGCAGAUCCUAGUGUUUCUGAGAUCGAUAGUAUCAAUCGCAUUACUGAACUUUCACCGCAGGUUCAAAACAUCAACACCAUCUUUGAGAGUGCCCCUGCGGAGGAAGCUGGUACGUCAGUGCAUAAUGAUCUUACAGACGUCUCCAUGAGUAAGGUUUUCUCACAGUUGAUCAAGUCAGAGGGUCGGUAAGUUAAUUGUAAUAUGAUACAUUACCGUUUGAGGCAUAGAACCGAAAGAGUUGAUUGUUUAAUAUGUUUCUAUAUUGCUGUAUACGACGAGGGUUCAAUCUUUUCUCUUUGUUCUUUAUUCGAUCGGUCAUAUCUGCAUAAACAGGCUAUUCGGCAAUGUAAUUACACUGGAUUUGUCA